AUGCAUCCAAACAUCAAAAUCCCUUCAACAAAAGCACUAAUUUCAACUGCAGCCUCUUUGGCUGCGAUUGCCAUUUUAUUCCGGUCCAUUGCCAAAGAUUUUGUUCCUCAUGAACUCAAACAAUACAUUUUCACCAAAUUUCAUUACUUUGUAACUACAUUCACCAAUGACAUCACCUUAGUGAUUGAUGAAUAUGAAGGCUUCAACAAAAAUCAACUCUUUUCUGCUGCUGAAAUCUACCUAGGCACCAUUUUUAAUCCCUCCACCAGAAGAUUUCGAGCCUCAUUGCCCGAAAAGGAGAAGAAAAUCCAUGUUUCAAUGCAAAGCAACGAAGAACUAACGGAUAAAUUUUGUGGGUUCCAAUUGAAAUGGAGAAUGAUUAGCAAACAAACUCAAGCAAGGCACGUGCCAUAUCUUGAUGAAUAUUCUUCCACUAUACAAUCCGAGGUUCGAUAUUUCGAGUUGAGUUUUCAUAAGAAGUACAAUAACAAGGUUCUUGGUGAGUAUUUGCCUUAUAUAUUGGAAAAAUCCAAAUCCAUCAAACAAGAAAUGAAAACAUUGAAAUUGUUGACUUUGAAGAAUCAGAUGCACGGUCCCAUAGGAAAUCCAUGGCAGUCUGUGAAUCUUGAUCAUCCAUCCACUUUUGAAACUUUAGCAAUGGAUGCAGAAAUCAAGAAUAUGGUGAUUGAUGAUCUUGAAAGAUUUGUGAAUAGGAAAGAGUUUUAUAAGAAGGUGGGCAAGGCAUGGAAGAGAGGGUACUUGUUGUUUGGGCCACCAGGGACAGGGAAAUCAAGUUUGAUUGCUGCCAUGGCUAAUUAUCUGAAUUUUGAUGUUUAUGAUUUGGAACUCACUGAUCUUAGGAGUAAUUCUGAUCUGAGGAGACUGAUUAUUUCAACUGCUAAUCGGUCAAUACUUGUUGUCGAGGACAUAGAUGCUUCCAUAGAUCUAUCAGAGAGGCGACUAGCAGCACCUCCACGGCCACAUCGAAUGGAUCCUCAUCAAUAUAAUCAAAGACCCAAAAUUACUUUGUCAGGAUUGCUAAAUUUCAUUGAUGGAUUGUGGUCGAGCUGUGGGAAUGAGCGGAUCAUUGUGUUCACAACGAAUCACAAAGAUAAGCUCGACCCAGCCUUGCUGCGCCCUGGUCGUAUGGAUGUGCACAUUCACAUGUCCUAUUGCACACCGUGUGGGUUCAAAAUGCUUGUGUCUACUUAUCUUGGGAUCACAGAGCACCCACUGAUCAUGGAAGUCGAGCAAGUGAUAGGGACAACCAAGGUGACCCCGGCUGAAGUAGGUGAGCAGUUGUUGAAGAGCGACGAUCCUGAAGUCACACUUAGAGGCCUCAUUGAAUUCCUCGAGAAAAAGAAGGAAAGUGAAGACGCUAAAGCAUUCCAAGAAAACCUGGAAGUAACUAAAACAGGAGUUUUGCCAAAGCCGGAGGAAGAAAAAGAUGGUGCGAGUUGUGAUACAAAGGACGUUAAGAAUCUCGAAGGCCUUAAGCAAUUUGUCGAGAUGGUUAAGGUGUCUCCUGCGAACGCAUUAGAGCUGCCAAUAAAGGAGGACGAGGCUUCAAUUGCAUUGAAAGGCCUGACUGAGUUCCUGGACGGGAAAAAUAGAGUCAAUGGUACCAAAGCUUCUGAGACAAAUUCAGGAAAAUCGAGAACUGCUGAUGUGCAAGAAUCCCAAAAGGAUGGUGAGAAUUAG